AUAAUACUCAAUUGUUUAUCAACCAAUCAAUGUCCAUCAUCAUAUCAUAAUAAAUAAUGAAUGCGUGCCAAUUUAUCUUAUAUACAUACAUGAACAGAAGACAUAGAAAGUACUCCAUUGAUUGGGUAUGGAGAGGAAGAACUCAAAAGAGAUAAUUGAUAUAGAGAAACUUCCAGAUCAUGUUGUGAUAGAGAUAUUCAUAAGAACAGGAGUGAGUGAUUGGACACAGAUAUCAUGUGUCAAGAAGCAGUGGGCAUCCCUUUUCCGAACAGAAUGUUUCUGGCAAGCUGCUCUUUCUCACAUCUAUCCAUUCACCAAUCCUUCUCAAAAUUUGCCUGGACCUAUUCCUCCAGGUUUAGCCAAGAGGAGAUUCAUGGCCUUACAUAUAAGUGAACAAAUAUUUGGUUGUGAUCCUGAUAUACAAGUAGAUGAGAUUGUUGGGCACAGUUAUCUGUUUUUGAAAGAGCAGCUUCAACUUUCUAUUAUGCCUCCUCAUAAUGGAAUACUUCAUGGAACCAUGAUUGAUCAGUUCAUUGGUUGUGGCAAGUCAAGAGAUGUAGCCCAUGAACUUGCAUCACGAGUUUGGCUCGCAGUUCUUGAUAAUUUGGAAGAGAACCACCAUACUUUUUGCUUACUUAAACGCCUUGCACAAGAAGGGGAUGUUUUUCUUCCAUACCCUUACACUAGAUCAAUCAAAGUUCAAUGGAGGGUGUUUGAGAAGCUUUUUACUGAUUUUCGUGAUUGCUUCAACCAUGAAGUAGAUUAUUAUGAUAUGUUGGCAUGUGCUAAGAGUCGGUUUCAGCCAAUACCAUCUGCUUGGUUAGGUUAUUAG